ACGAGGAGGAGGAGAAGAAGAAGAAGAAGGAGGGCAAGAGGAAAGGUGUCAGGGAGGCCUCGGGAGACUCAGAGGAGCGAGAGAGCAAGAGGAAGAAGGAGAUUCAUCAGAGUUCACACUGGAGAGAAUCUACACAGCUGUGAUCAAUGUGGAGCAGCUUUCACACUGAAGAGAACCCUAUUAAUACAUCAACGCAGUCACACUGGAGAGAAGCCCUACAGCUGUGAUCAAUGUGGUAAAACCUUUACUGAUAGUAGUGGCCUUAAAUCUCACCAGCUUGUUCACACCGGUGAGAAGCCAUACUGGUGUGAAUACUGUGGGAAAAUGUUUUCUCGAAGUAAUGCCCUUAAAAUACAUCAACGCAUUCACACUGGAGAGAAGCCGUACAGCUGUGAUAUAUGUGGUAAAACCUUUUCUGAGAGCAGUAGCCUUAAAUCUCACCGACGUGUUCACACUGGAGAAAAGCCGUACUCGUGUAAACAAUGUGGGAAAACGUAUGUUGUGAGUAGCAGCCUUAAAUAUCACCAACGUGUUCACACUGUGGAGAAACCAUACCGGUGUGAUCAAUGUGGGAAAACCUUUACUACUAGUAAUGGCUUAAAAUAUCACCAGCGCAUUCACACUGGAGAGAAGCCGUACAGCUGUGAACACUGUGGGGAAACAUUUUCUCAGAGCGGUAGCCUUAAAGCUCACCAGCGCAGACACACCGGAGAGAAGCCAUACUCUUGUGAACAAUGUGGGAAAACGUUUUCUGUGAGUAGUCGACUUAAAUCUCACCAACGUGUUCAUAGUGGAGAGAAGCCGUACCCGUGUGAACACUGUGGAAAAACGUUUUCUGGCAGUACUCACCUUAAAUCUCACCAACGUGUUCACACUGGAGAGAAGCCGUACUGGUGUGAACAAUGUGGGAAAAUGUUUUCUCACAGCUGUAACCUUAAACGACACCAGUGCCUUCACACUGGAGAGAAUCCGAAAUAGUCUGAACAGGUACAUUAGCUUUAAAUAAGCAAAACUACAACGGGACACAUGAAAGUGCAGCUUCAAGAGAAAACUAUCAUCUAUCUAUGUAUUUAGAGAGAUAUGUGUGUAUAUGUUAAUUUAAUCAAGUAUCCUGUCUUAUAAAUUAGGGCUGCACAAUUAUGGCCAAGGUGAUGAUUACGAUUAUUUGAUUUUAACCAACAGCAUAGUCACCAAGGCUAUUUAUAACUGCAUCCAUAUUGUGUUACAUUCCUCUUAUGUUGACGUUGUAUGUUGUACAAACCUACAGCUGCAACACAUGGAACAUUAUCUGAAAUAGCUUAGGAUAUAUAUUUUUUUUAAUGUAUCUCUGUGAAAGCUCCGUCACUUGUUUUCUACAAUAACUGAUUCAAAUAGCUAGGGAGAGGGGGGGGUGCGAUGGACGUACUCACAGCGAGACGCCUGACUCAUUAGGCUCCGUUACUCUACCAACUGAAGUUAGUUGCGUUUAAUAACUGCUUCUGUGUUUUUCGCCGUGGAGCCCUGUGAGCUAACAGACACCGACUAGCACCCUAGAGCCCUGUGAGCUAACUAGCACCCUAGAGCCCUGUGAGCUAAUAGACAACAACUAGCACCCUAGAGCCCUGUGAGUUAACAGACAACAACUAGCACCCUAGAGCCCUGUGAACUAACAGACACCGACUAGCACCCUAGAGCCCUGGGAGCUAACAGACAUUAACUAGCAACCUAGAGCCCUGUGAGCUAACAGACAUUAACUAGCACCCUAAAGCCCUGUGAGCUAAUAGACAUUAACUAGCACCCUAGAGCCCUGUGAGCUAACAGACACCGACUAGCACCCUAGAGCCCUGGGAGCUAACAGACAUUAACUAGCAACCUAGAGCCCUGUGAGCUAACAGACACUAACUAGCACCCUAGAGCCCUGUGAGCUAACAGACACUAACUAGCACCCUAGAGCCCUGUAAGCUAACAGACGCUAACUAGCACCCUAGAGCCCUGUGAGCUAGUACAGUGGGGUUCGAAAGUUUGGGCCCCCCAGUUAAAACUUUCUUAUUAAUGUGCAUAAAGAAGCCAAGAAAAGAUGGAAAAAUUUCCAA